CACGGCGUACGCGCCGGCGGGGGCGGGCGGAGCUUGGCUGCUCCGUGGUUAGCGGCUGAACCUGUGCGACUGCGCGGGAAGACGUUCCGCUUUGAAAUGCAGCGGGAUUUGCUCAGUUUCCCGCUGUCUCCAGCGGUGCGGGCGAAGUUGGUGUCUGCGGGUUUCCAGACUGCUGAGGAACUCCUGGAGGUGAAACCCUCCGAGCUUAGCAAAGAAGUUGGGAUAUCUAAAGAGGAAGCCUUAGAAACUCUGCAAAUUAUAAGAAGAGAAUGUCUCACAAAUAAACCAAGAUAUGCUGGUACAUCUGAGUCAGGAAAUAAGUGUACAGCACUGGAACUUCUUGAACAGGAGCAUACCCAGGGCUCCAUAAUUACCUUCUGUUCAGCACUAGAUAAUAUUCUUGGGGGUGGAGUACCCUUAAUGAAAACGACAGAAAUUUGUGGUGCACCAGGCAUUGGAAAAACACAAUUAUGUAUGCAGUUGGCAGUAGAUGUGCAGAUACCAGAAUGUUUUGGAGGAGUGGCAGGUGAAGCAGUUUUUAUUGAUACAGAGGGAAGUUUUAUGGUUGCUACCUAUGCCACAAUGCAUUGUGAUUGUUUUGUUGUUUCAGAACACCGAAAAGCUUUGGAGGAUUUCACUCUUGAAAAUAUUCUUUCCCAUAUUUAUUAUUUUCGCUGUCGUGACUACACAGAGUUACUGGCACAAGUUUAUCUUCUUCCAGCUUUCCUUUCAGAACAGUCAAAGGUUCGGUUGGUGAUCGUGGAUGGCAUUGCUUUUCCAUUUCGUCAUGACCUAGAUGACCUGUCUCUUCGUACUCGGUUAUUAAAUGGCCUAGCCCAGCAAAUGAUCAGUCUUGCAAAUAAUCACAGAUUAGCUGUAAUUUUAACCAAUCAGAUGACAACAAAGAUUGAUAAAAAUCAGGCCUUGCUCAUUCCUGCAUUAGGGGAAAGUUGGGGACAUGCUGCUACAAUACGGCUAAUCUUUCAUUGGGACCGAAAGCAAAGGUUGGCAACAUUGUACAAGUCACCCAGCCAGAAGGAAUCCACAGUACUGUUUCAAAUCACACCUCAGGGAUUUAGAGAUACUGUUAUUACUUCUGCAUGUUCAUUGCAGACAGAAGAUUCCUUGAAUACCCGGAAACGGUCACGAGACACAGAGGAAGAAUUAUAACCCAGAAGCAAAUCUCCAAGUAUAUAAAUUUACUGAUGCUGUGAAAUCAAUGUGUACAAGUAGACUUUUUACUUUAAGAUAUAAAUAAACACUAGGGCAUGAAUGAAUCCA